AUGGACAUAAUUCCAAACCUUGUCACCCGCCCACCAUCGCGUCCCGGUAAUCCAAAUGCUGUUGAAAAAUUGGACAAGCUUGACAGGGCAACUGAAAACAUCUUCGCAGCUCAGCUUCAAACCCGUCUACAAGAACUGCAACGCACGCAGUCACCACCAAGACGCUUAACCCCUUUGGCCAUAUACGCCCGCGCUUACGCCGAAAUCGCUUCCGAAGGCCCUCUCUCAGACAUAGACAGCCGAUCAUCUUCCACCACUCCAUCUGAAUCCAGCCCCAAAGCUCUGAUUGCAUCAUCUCAUGGUACCCAUGGUACCUCCCUUUCCCCGAGCAGUACCAAUACUGCUGAGUGCGAUGGUCUCAAAAAUAGGAGAGAAGAGCCCGAAAACGCUCAAGAGCCUCUUGUCCCAUCAGGUCCUUCAAGUCCGCCAGUCUCAGCAGAUGGUCUCAACAACGGAAGACAGCCCGAAAAUGCUCAAGGACCUCUUGUACCAUCAGAUCCCUCAAGUCCACUGGCCUCAGCACAUGGUCAUCCAACACAGAAGAGAAAGCGGGAGGCAGACGCAGCUCUCGGGACACCAGAAACUGUCAAGCGGCCAUGUAUGGCCCGGAGACCUGGGUUACUUGAAAGCACAAGACAGAUGGUGACCAGUUCCGUAACUCAAACUGCAGCGAGCUAG